AUGUUAUUGGGUCUCUCAACAAAUGGAAAAGCUGUGUUUGGAAAUGUCCAACAACCCAAUGCUCUAUGCGUCGAAAUGUUGGGUGUAGAUUUAAUAGAGGGUGAGGGCCGAGAAAGAGGUAGGGGCCAAGGUAUUAAGCUUGCUGGCCUUCAAAAAAGUUAUGAUGACCUUAAGUUGAAUGAGUUUUCUAGCGAAGAAAGUAAACUAUAUAAAACUAGAAUGUAUAUUAUGUUAUUAUUUAGUAGGUUUAUAUUUCCCGAAGGAACGGGGAAUAGUGUCAAUUUUAUGUACUUAUGUCUACUUGAGGACAUUGAUGAAAUCAAGACGUAUAGUUGGGGUUCGGCGGUGUUGGCAUACCUCUAUAGCUCCUUGUGCAAAUGUGCAACAAAGGAUACUUGUACAUUUAAUGGAUGUGCAUUCUUGCUACAAGCAUGGGGAUGGUGGAGAAUGCCGGUAUUAGCCCAUGAAAACCCGCACAUUUACGUCUUCCCUUACGCGUCAAGGUUUAAUGAAACUGGGUUGGAUUACACCAAUACGCUUUUUAUUUGGAGACCGUACUUGGGGCUGGACCGUGAACCCGAACCUAGAGAGGCGGCUGUUUGGACGGAAAAAUCACCCAUCAUAUGGAUUCUAAUUGUAGCCAUGGAAGACGAAGUACCUGCGAAAAAAUCCGCAGGUAAAAUCGCAGGUAACAUUGCGAGUAAAUCCGCAGGUACCCGUAGAGAAGACGAUGAACAGUGGUCUUCCUCGUCAGCCACACGCGUGCCUCGUUUCCACUGGCCAGUCAAACUUCUCCCUCUCUCUCUCCUCGCGUGGCGCGGUGCAGUUGGCUGGUCAGAAAGUCAAAAUUCCUCCCUCCAAUUAUGA